AUUUAGUUACUACAAAUACAUUUUUUGAGACCUUCAGGGCCAUGUUUUUGUGUCUAAGGGCCUUCCAUACCCUCUGAUUUAAUGAAAGAUUAUGCUUGUCAAAAAAAGAAAUUUACAGUGAACAGAAUCUAUAGAAUCUUCUUAACCUGGAAAGCAGAAACUUGAGAGUUAAAACCACUUGACUUCCAUGUCCGCCUUUCCAUUUCCUAAUACAUUCACUCUCACAAAUUCUUCCGUUUCAAGAUCCUUAGCUACCCGUCUCCAUGCAAGGGUUUUAGUUUCCGCUACUUCCAUCAAAAGCACCUUAAACCAUUCCAACCACAGUACCCAAGUUACCCCUUAUGGCCCCUCAAAUUCACCACUUUGGACUGUCACUGACAUAGCGGAAGCCGUCGGUGGCAGAAUUGUAAAAUGGGGUCCUCCAGGAACCAUUUGCACGGACACCCGAACCAUUGAACCCGGCCAAUGGUUCUUUGCCAUUGUUGGCGAAAAUUUUGAUGCCCAUGAUUUUGUAACCCCCGAAUUGUCCGAAUGUGGAUGUGUUGGGGUUAUCGGAAAUCGGGUUUGCGAGAAUUGGGACGUGGGUUUUGUUAAGAUUGAUGGUGACACUCUAAUUUCAUUGGUGAAAAUGGCAACUUUUGCAAGGAACAGGUUUCUUGGUAAACUGAUUGCGGUUACUGGAAGUGUUGGGAAAACUAGUACAAAAGCUAUGAUUGCUUUGGCUCUUGAGAGUCUAGAGAGUAGGAUUCAUCAUAGUUAUGGGAAUUGGAACACUAGAAUUGGAGUUGCUUUGUCAUUGAUCGGGAUUCCUAGGAAUGUGGACAUUGCAAUUUUGGAGAUGGGAAUGAGUGGGAAAGGAGAGAUAUUGGAACUGGCAAGGAUGGGGAGGCCAGAUAUAAGAGUGAUUCUAAAUGUGGGUCCUUCUCAUUUGGAGAAACUUGGAAGCUUGGAGGAAGUUGCAAUGGCUAAGGGGGAGCUUUUGGAAGAAGCAAAGCCAGGAGAUGUUUGUGUUCUGAAUGCUGAUGAUCCUCUUGUCGUUGGCCUUCCUGUUCCUCCAGGGGCUAGAAGGGUGCUCUUUGGCCAGAGUUUGGAGUGUGAUGUUCGGCUGGUAGCAGCAGAUAGCAUAUGUGGCGGUCUUGGAGUUCGAGUUGUCUUAGAGAACAAUAUGGAGAUGGUGGAGUUUGUGAUUCCUGGUCUGGGUCUGCAUCUGGCUCUUAAUGCUUGUGCAGCAGCAGCAGUUGUAACAUAUUUUGGCCAUCCUCUUUCCCAAGUUGGAAGAUCUUUGUCUAGAUAUGUUCCUGUUAACAUGAGGUCAGAGUUUGUAGCAGCUAAAUGUGGCAUCAGGAUAGUGAAUGAUGUUUACAAUGCCAAUCCUGUUAGCACCAAAGCUGCCAUUGACACGUUAAAAAGCAUUGAUUGCAAUGGAAAAAGAGUUGCUAUUUUUGGGGACAUGCUAGAACUUGGUCCUGCUGAGAUGGAGUAUCAUGAGGAGAUACUAAACUAUUGUCUUGAUGCUCAUAUUGAUUUAGUUGGCAUUGCUGGGAAGAGGUUUCAUGUAGCAGCUGAGAAUAUGAAUUUACAUAAGAAGAUAAAUAUUAUACAUGCGGUUGAUGCAGAAAAUAUUGUUCCCAAAAUCUUGAAUUGCUUGAAUAUUAAUGAUGUCGUCCUGGUGAAGGGUAGCCGUAGUAUGCAAAUGGAGAAAGUUGUUGAUGCACUUAAGGCAAUGCAUGGAUUCACUCCAUCUCCAUGCUCGGGGAAUUUGGAUGAAGACAAGAUAGAGGAUAAGAGUUAAGAUAAAAGUACUUAGGAACUAAACUCUGAAACCAUUUUUCACUUUUGUUUCUGCGAAAAUUUCUCAUACUAGUAAUUGUCAUAUGAGCUAUUGGAGAAAUUGUAGGCAUCACCUAAAUGCAGCACAAUAUGUCAUGAACAGUGGUUGGUUUCCUUCAGGUAAAUGGCUCACUUCGUACUCUGGCUUGAUUUUGCUAGGGGUUGAUA